AUGGUUGCUCAAAUUAAGUGGAUGAUUGCAGCGGAAGAAAAGUUCCAAGGAAAAGCAUUGUCCCUAUCCCAUACGAAGACUGCAAUCAGUACGAUAAAGGAGAAAUUCAGUGAACAACAGCUACAAAGGUUUGAAGAGAGUUGUUUUGGUCAUCUCCUACUGAUUGAGGACCUUAAGUGGACUUCGCCAAUUGUCCACGGCUUGCUGCUGAGGAAAGUUGAUCCAAAGACAGUUUCCCAACUGAACGGGAUCAAAUUCAUCGUUGGCAAUAAGGUGAUCCAAUUCACGGCGCAGCAAUUUUGCAUCGUGACAGGGCUAAGGUUUGGAAACCUUCCCUUUAUUCCGAUUCCCACUAAUGAGAACUGCUCAUUGAAAAGGAAGUACUUUGGCAACGAUAAAACUGUCAACCUUUUGGAAUUAGAAAAGGCCUUCCUCGAAUGCGCUGAUGCGGACGAUGUAUUGAAGCUCGGAUUUGUAUACUUUGCUGUGUUUGUGCUGUUGGGCAAUGAAAAACAUGUCCACAUUGACAUGCGAUAUUUGAAGUUGGCGGAAGACCUUGAAGAGUUUGGGAAGUAUCCAUGGGGUGCUGUGUGUUAUGCCAAGACAAAUGCGUCACUUAUGAGGGCACUUUGUGCAGAUUACCAGCGAGUGAAAGUGCCCAAAAAAGCUGCAAAAACAAAAAUAUUUGAAAAGAAAGAAAAAACAACGGCAACUGGUAGACCAAGAGAGUAG